AAUGUAUAAAAUUUAAAAAAUCGGAUGGCAUCACCGUUAACAAUAACCAACGCUGAAAUUUUCUUAACAAAUUGUCAUAGAAGUGCAAGAAAAAUUUUGUGCAAACUGAUUUACUGAAGCCGUCGCCGAUAUGGGUGAAAUUAAGUCAGUCAAGGUGGACAAUUGGGGAGUUUUUUUCUUGCAAAAGCUGCAAAAUUUCUUUAACAAAACGGAUUAUUGUGAUUUAACAUUGCAAUUUCGUGACAACUCACAAUUGAAAGUACACCGUUUGGUAUUAAGUGCUUGUACAGAUUAUUUUAAUGUGCUGGAGCAAACUUGUGAGGUGGUCGAUGACGCCAUUAUUAUGCCAAAUGAGCUGCAGGCUGAUGUCGUUGUGCCAAUCGUCAAUUUUAUGUAUACCGGCACUUUGGAAUUUGAACUUAAAAUGUAUAAUCGCUUAUUGCGUACCGCUCGGGACAUGAAUAUGACCGUAUUGCUUAAACUUUUGGAAGCACAUCGUCGCACUAUGGAGUUACAUCCACAAAAAGUUCAAGGGAAUUCCAGUCCUAAAUUAAAACGCCGUGUCGUGCAAGCGCCUGGCUCUCAAUACAAAAAGGAACCAAUUGCUUCUGGUACAUCACGAGUAGUUAGUUCGACAUCAAAUACUCCGAUUAUAACUCAACGACGUCUGAUACCAGUGAACACAUCUGUUGGAGGCAGAGUUAAUCAGCCCACUGGCGCAUCUUCUGCUGCAAAUAUAGUGACAACAGUUACUCGUCCAUGCAUGAGCAAUAGUAGUGCAUUUAAUACAAAAAUUAAACAAGAAGUUGAUUGUGAUGUCAACACCAUAACCAACACUUAUACCACCAUGAAAAUGUCGACCCAGCAUCCCCCGCAAUCAAAACAAUCCUCAGCCACUUCACCUUUUGAACAAUUGCGCAAGGGAUACAACAACAAUAAGCGUCCGGCAACUGCUACAUUUGUUUCACCUCCAGCAAAAAAGCCCAAUCUAGAGGACGUUAAAGAGUUUGCUGAGCAGCAACGCGUGCGCAAGCAGAUUGCUGCUGAAUAUGGGGAAGCAGAUGCCGAUUACGACGGAGGUCUAAUGGACGAUGAUAUACAUAACGACGACGACGAUGAUGAUGUUGCUACAAAUUCGACGUUGACACCAUCAACUUCAGCUGCCACUUCUACGGCUGCCGUGCAGACUACCAGCGAGAAGCAGUUAUCUGACGAUCCUCCCGGUACUACAACGAUCACGGUCAAACAUGAAGGCCCGGACAAACCACCCACUAUUGUGGUUAAGGAUAGUUCCAACUCAAAAAUGAAUCAUGCUAAAAUCAUUUCCGAAGUAUUGCGCCAAUAUCCACAUUUGGUUAAAAGCAAUAAAAACAUAAAAUUGAAAAUAAUACCCAGUGCAGGUGGAAGCAACACACAGAAAAUUAUUGUCAAAAAAGAACCACUCGAAGCGGAGAGAUCCCCGAAAGCCAUCGCUUCCACUUCGUCUGCUCUUCAAACGAAAACGAGUGUAACGUCUUCAACAAAUCAACCAGUCACAUUGAAAGCCGAUCGUCUGGCAACAACUUUAAUAAGCAAACAUAGCGCAGGGUCACAAAAGAAGAAUGUUGCACACCAGGCGAUUUCUUCAUCAGUAGGUUUUGCUAAAGCUACCACAGUUGCAGCAGCUUCAUCAACUUCAGGAGCCACGCCAUCAACUAGCAGCGGAGCUUCUUCCGGUGGUGCCCAAACGCAAAAGCGCCGUAUUGAUAGUAAAACUAUGCAUGCUUUAAUAGCUUUAGGAGCCGAAAACACAACUGGACCCUGGCUGUGUUUGCGAUGCGGACGCAAUGGUCAUCCAAUUAGCAUACCAUCAUAUCGAGGUUUUCGUCGUCAUUUGACAAAUACACACAAGGAGACAAUUGAUGCAGCUUUGUGCGAAUAUUGUGGUUGGCGUUCGACGGUCAAACGAGAGUUACACUUUCACAUGCAACUCGAACAUAAGGUCAAAACCAAUCUGUACAUUUUUCCUGAAUGUCAGUUAUGCGCGCAAAUGUGCAUUGAUAGUGAUGGCCUUAAUCAGCAUUUAAUUGAUAGCCACCCAGAAGAAAAUAAACAGCAAUGCAUUUACUGUAAUAAAAUAUUUCCUGAAGAAAUGCAGUUGUACACUCACAUGAAGACGUUCCACAAGAAACAAGCUUUGGAGGAUGGCAUUAUUGAUCAAUCAGAUGACGAAACUAUUCCUGAAUAUUUAUCGCAGGAAAAUCAAGAAAUUUUGGAAGAAAUGGCGCAGGUUGUUGAAGAGAAGAAAAUUAAAAUUCUUUCGGAUAUCAGCUUGCCUACCUCUGGGACUAUAGCAGAAUCUGAAACUUCACCAGUUGCAAUUGGCGAAAAUAAGGCAACAGACACUGCAGUUACUGCGGCCGAAACCACGACUACGGGAGAAUAUAUAGCAGGGGAAAACGAAACUAAAUUUGUGGGAGCCGACGGAACGGAGAUGAUUCUAACUGAAGAGCAACGUAAAGAGAUUCUUUCUCAAUUAAAUCAAGAACAUGAAGGAGGAGGUGUUGUAAUGGUCUUUAAUGAACCUCAGAGCGAACAACUGAGUUCACUAAGUCAGGACGAAACAUCACAAGCCACCACAGCUACUACCACAAAUGAAGAAGCAGUUGAACAUGAUGAUAGUCAUAUCUUUCAUGAAAUGAAAUCCCAAACUGGGUCUGUGAUGGAAGCAGAAGACGCAGAGAUGGAUGAUGAACCGGGUACUAUUAGAGGUGAAACGGAGGAAGAAGUAGAGGAAGAAACCUAUGAACAUAGCAAAUCUGGUCAUUUGGAUGAGAGUAAAGAGUCCUUAGAUAAUUUGGAAUGGGCUGAAAAUCUAAUAACAGAGCACGAAAUGGCAAAUGCCAACAAUAAGCAGGAAAAUGAUGAAAACGAUGAAGAAGACGACGAAGGAGAAGAAGAAGAGAAAGAAGAAAAGGAAAAAACCGCAUCAAAAGAAUUGGAAGAGGAUAAAAGUUUCAAUCAGCCUCAACGAGAUGAUAUUAGCAAAAAGCUUAAAGAACUCACAGGGGACUGGUCCGACGAUGAUAAUGAAGAUGCGGACAUAAACGAAGAAGAGGAGGAGUCAGAGGACAACGCAAAGGAUCAAAAAGAAACGAAUAAAACUGCAUUAAAAUAUCAGUAUGAGGAUGAUCUCAUUCAGACAAAUAAAAGAGUCUUAGAAGACGAAUUAAAAGAGGAAGAGAAAAAUAACAGCUCUACUAAGAAAGAGAAAAAUGAUCAUCGAAAGAGAAAUGUUGACACAGAGUUGACUCAAGAGGAAGAUGCAGAGGAACCGAUAGUUGAAGACGACAUCGACUUGGCUCUAAAAAAUUUACACAAAGACAAUGAAGAAAUGGAAGAAAACAUAGUUAAAGAUAGGGAAAAGAGAUCUGAAGACUUAGUUGACAAAGGUGUUGACGCGGCAGUGAAGUCAUUUAGUAAAUUAAGCGAAGAGGUCCAGACAGUAAAUGAGAAAACUGUUGAUAGUAAGAAAACCGAUGUCAAACUGAAGAUUACAGAUGAUCUUGAUGAAGAAACUAAAAAAAAUUUAAUUGAAAUGUUAAUAACAGAUAUAGAAACUGCACCGACAACUACUGCUGCCAUAAUCACCAGCCCUAAGACAACAACAGCGGAAGAUAUUAAGUGCGAAGAAAUAGAUGAUGUUGAAGCUGAAUUCAAAAAGCAGGCGUCGGAGAGGGAGGAAAAUAAGAACGAUGAGCUUCCUGCCAAUAUUGAAGACAAACCAACAGACAAUGAAAUGACAGCAAAGUCUGCGGAGGAGAAUUUAAUAAAAUUCAAAGAAGAGCCUGAAGAACCUGCAGAAGCUAAAGCUGCUGGCAGCUCCUCAACAAAUCAUCCAAAUAGGGAUAGCAGCGGUCCUAGCACCGAGGACAGAGUGAAAAGCUUAAUAAGCGAAUGGGGCGACGAUGAUGAUGAUGACGAGGUUGCAAAUGAAGAAGAUUUAACAAAAAAUCUUUGAAAUUUAGAUUUAUUUAAUUUUUAGAAACUAAACCAUAUUUUCCAUUCUACUAAUUUCUAGCUUUUUCAAAGAUGUUAUUUUCCGACAGAGAAGAGAAUGGUCAAUCUAUGAUUGUACAGAUAAUGAAGCAAUUGCUAUUCGUAGUUUAUACAACAAAAAUUUAACUUUUCUUAGAAUUUUAAGUCCUUCAAUAUAUGCGCAAAUACGUAUUUUAUAUAAUUAUUGCUCAGAAUUUGGAUUCGCACGUUUCUGAUUUGUACUUUAAACUUAAAUCUCUUGUUCACUAUUUUCUUAAAGGCAUCAUGCAUCUUUUGGAUCAAAGUAACAGCAGCCGCUAAGUGAUGUUAAUAUUAAAAAAUAUUUUUCUUUGUAUUUGCAAAAUGAAAAACGAUUUACUUUGGUUUCGAAAUGUAGUUUUGUUGAGAAUUAAAACCGGUAAAGAAGUAGAAACUUGGAAAUAGAAAAUAUUAUCACAAACAAAAAAUAUCUACGUAUGCAUUAA